CACCAGUCAGAACCAAACAGCUCUGAAUUCUAAAGUAGGUCUGAGUUUGCUCUUCAUUCCCAUCUAUAACUCUUGGAGCAACAGAGAGGAGGAAACCUGAACGUGGGGCUGUGUGUGGAAGUGUGAAAGGUGACACACAGGGAGCCCAGCCAUGCCAGGCAACAAAGCCUCCAAGCAAAAGCCUUGCCACCACUGCAACAGCAGGUUGGCCUCAGCCCCUCCAGGCACCUCCACAAUCCACUAUGAGAAGUCGUGGCUGUACCGGCACUGCUCCCUGCAGCAGAGGGACAGACAGGCUCAGAAAUCAGGGCAGCUGUUCUCAGGGCUGCUGGCCCUGAACGUAGUGUUUCUGGGCAGUGCUUUCAUCAGCAGCAUGAUUUUCAACCAUGUGGCCAUCACGCUGGCGGACGUCUGGAUCCUGCUGUCCAUCCUCAAGGUCUUGUGCCUGUGCUGGAUUAUCUACUACCUGCUGGGCACCAGCCGGCAGCCGCACGCUGUGCUCUACCGGGACACCCAUGCCGGGCCAGUGUGGAUUAGGGGGUCGCUGCUGCUGUUUGGCACUUUCAGCAUCCUCCUGAACGUCUUUCAGAUCGGCUUCAGCGUCAUUCAAAUCAACUGCAAAUCCAAAGUGGAAAUCGUGUUCCCCAGCAUUGAAAUCCUGUUUGUUGCCACGCAGGCGUUUUUCUUAUGGCAUCACUCUAAGGACUGCAUUCAAGUUCAGCACAACCUCACCAGAUGCGGGCUGAUGCUGACCAUCGCCACCAACCUUCUGCUCUGGCUGCUGGCGGUGACCAAUGACUCCAUCCACAUGGAGAUCGAGUCUCAGCUGCGAGAGGUGGAGCAGCGCCUGGCAGGCAAUGAGACGGACUCGUGUGCGUGCCCAAACACCACCACCUGCAAAGUCUUCCAGAAGGGAUACAUCCUGCUCUAUCCCUUCAACACCGAGUACUGCCUCAUCUGCUGCUCUGUGCUGUACGUCAUGUGGAAGAACGUGGGGCGACGCAUCAGCCACCACCACAUUGCUCAUGUCAAGCCCAAAUUCAAGCUCCAGGGAGUGGUCUUCGGGCCACUGCUGGGUGCUGCCGCCGUAAUCAUUGGGAUCUGCGUCUUCAUGAUGUACCAGAUCCAGGCCACAGGCUCAGCUCCCAAUUACCAGGUCUUCGUGUUGUAUUAUUCCUACUACAUUGUGCUCCUGCCCCUGAUGUGCGUGGUUGCAAUUAUUGGGACAAUCAUCCACACCUUGGAAAAAAGGGAGCUGGACACACUGAAGAACCCAACCCGCAGCCUGGAUGUGGUGCUGCUGAUGGGAGCAGCCCUCGGCCAGAUUGCCAUGUCCUACUUCUCCAUUGUUGCCAUUGUGGCCACCAACCCCAGGGACAUGCUGAACAGCCUCAUCCUGUCCCAUUCCGUCCUCCUCAUCUUUCAGUAUAUCACCCAAAACAUCUUCAUUAUCGACGGGCUCCAACGGCAGCCAUUCGUAGCAGCAGAGGCCCAGCACACAACACAUGCUGGGCAGCUUUCCGCAGUCCCAGAGCUGCCUGGUGAAGGGGUGACAACACCGAGCAGUGAUCAGGAGCACUCACAGACCUCUCCCAGCAAGGAGGAAGAAGUGAGCGAAGAGCACAGCCGUGAAGCCCACGAGCAGAGGCGAGUGAGCGUGCUGGAGCUCGGGCAGGAGUUCCGGAGAGUUUCCCUGUCCUACAUCCACACCUACUCUCACCUGAGUUGGAAGAGGAAAGCAUUAAAGGAGAUCUCGUUCUUCUUGGUUCUUUGCAACAUCAUACUGUGGAUCAUGCCCACGUUUGGGGCUCACCCCGUGUUUGAGAACGGGCUGCAGAAGUCAUUUUACGGCUACUCCACCUGGUUUGCCAUUGUGAACUUCGGCCUCCCACUGAGCGUCUUCUACCGCAUGCACUCCGUCGGGGGGCUCCUGGAGGUGUACGUCUCAGCCUGAGCCAACGGAGGCUGCGGCGAGAUGGGACUGGGCAAAGAUGCAGUAAGCAGCUGCUAUGCACGUGAAAGUUUUCAGCCUUUUCUCUCCAGCUUCUGUUUUGACUUUUCCUUGCACAACAUCUCCAUGAGCUUCCAAAGAAAAGGAGGUGGUUUUGUGUUGCUGCUUUUUUUCUCCAUAGAGAACAGAAUGAAAACUCAUUAACAAGCUGCAUUACUGCUGUACAGAAACAUGCUGGUACUUCUCAGCACCUGCCAGUGGAUGCUGUAUGCUAAAAAGUGGGAUUUUUAUCUGGGAGAUUUCAGUAGCAGCUGAUAAAAGAAUGCAAGAGCAGCAAGGGCUGACCUACACUGCAUGUAAGUUCAAAAUGCAGUGAAGGACCACCACAGCCUCACCACUGCCUGCCAACCACAGCACAGAAAGCUUGCACCCCGCAGCACAGAAAGGCCCUAGCAGCACCAGGCACUCCAGCAGCACACCCACACUCAUUCACAAAUGAACCAAAUGUACACUUUGUACAUGCAGCAUCCAAAUGGAUCGUGAUGCUGGUAGUCGCUGCGAUGGCCAGCAGAGGUUAAUUCUGUUUGCUCCCGGUGCUGACAUCCAGCAUACCAACUUGUGCUAAUCUCGUAGGACUCUGCUGCCCUGCAACACCACACUCCUGCAGCUCUCAGUACUGAAGAGCAGGACAGGUCCGCAGGUUUGCACCAUUUCAGUGCACUUUUUCCCACUACUGAAAAUGGAAGCAAUAACAUUACUUUGCCUCGAUGAAAAUGAACACUAUUUCCCCUUUCAGGCGCUCAUGGUCUCAAGUAAGGAGUGCCACAGAAGUGCAAUGGCUGAUCUUUACUUGAUGCUACUUACAAUGCUCUCACCUCUGCACUAGCAAAGGUCCCAUCCUCAUGUGCAGAGCCAGUUCAAGAAAGACCCACUGCACCCACUGCCAAGCCUCCUCCACACCAACACUUAUCCCCACAGCUGCUUUGCACAUCCACAAGCAUUUCACAAGGUCCACACAGAGGAUUACAGUUACGUGGUGUCUGACCAACAGCUGUAUGCACUCCACAGAAGAUGCCUGCUUGAAAAGCACUUAGGAGAGCAACGGGGCUUAAAUUCUGCAGGUCUUAA